ACGGGCACACGGCACAAGUCCAUGUUGAAAAAGACUUGUUCGUGGUGGCCCAGAUUGUUGGUAGCGUCGUAGCGUGAAGCAUCGACGUUCUACAUAGAAAAGAUGGCAUUUGACUCUUUUGCAACGGCUCCACGUGAUUGAAAUUAUGAUGCUUUUAUACACAAAGUGAUCAACAAUGAAUUGAAGUCCUAAAUUUGUAAAGUCUCAUCCCAGACAUGAGUUAACAAUGUGGUUUUGGGCUUUUGGCUACCAGGUAACUUUUGGACUAGGUCGGGUCUCUGGUGGUCCAAGUUUGCUGUUCUAAUGUAGUCUUGUCAGGCAAUGUGAAGAAAAAGGCGACUUCUAUUGAGGGAUUCCCUGACUGACCAUAGCCAUUGAGAUGACAUUAUACAUAAGGUUGCUGGAUUGGUGACACUGAAUGUUGACAAUUAUGAUUCAGUAAAAUGAAGGCCAAAAUAUUUCAACUGUUUGUCUAGGUUACUUCUAAUAAAAUCUUUUCUGUUGAGCUUCCUGCUUCUAUUUGCUAUUUCUUAACAUUUUCAGUCUUGUCUAGUGCUUAAAGUUUAGUUGAAUCCCUCAUUUGUGGUACCAAGUUGCCAUAGUUCUUUCAUGGUGCAAUGGUUUCUUCAAUGCUAAGACUACACAUCUAUUUGAAGACUUGCUGACAGUCUACUCCUGCAAUUUUGGAUAUUUUCAUUUGUAUUAAAUAAUUUGAUUGCUUUUGUGGGUAGAGAUCAUCUUCACUUGUCGUUUCCGUGUUAGUUGAUUAUCAUUGCGGAUCUACUUUGGGUGCGGUUAGUCUAUUUAAAUAAGAGCGAUGUGAAUAAUUCGGAGAGUUGCUGGUAAAUGAUAGUACAAAUUAUUGAAGAAGAAGAAUGAUUAAUGAAAGGAAGAUUAAUGAUUAAGGAAGAUUGAUUAUUGAAGAAUUAAGAUAUUAAUGAAAUCGUAUGGAUUUGAAAUUUUUUUUUUUUUCAAAUAAAGCACAUUCGGUGUUAAAAUCAAAUAAUCGCUUAUCAAAGGGCAAUAUUUCGAUUACCGGUGAAAGAAUUAAUCAGCAAUAGGCCUACCGAAAGUCUAGCAGCCAGCAUUCAUGCAGCUUCAUUAGUUAUUUUAGAGCGUUGGAAAAGAAUGUAGAAACUAAUAUUAUUCUAUUACAAGUCAAUCAAGCAACCUCUGGAACCCAUUAGAAAAUUAGACUCGUAGUAUUCUGUUUUAUGUAAACUGUAGAUAUUUCCAUGGUUACACCUAUAAUACGGUAUAAACACGUUAACACUCAAUACAAGAGCUUCAAUGUUCAUUAGGCUAUUGGCUCUAUUGUCCGCAUUUUCUGUUUAGUGUGAUUAAAGGACAUUCAGUUUCUUUAAUUUCAUCAUGUCGGUAUUCGAACAAUUACGUCCAUUUGUUGGUCUCUGCCAGGCGUGCGGAAUGAUUCCUUACACGAUAGAAAACAAUUUAAUUACGAACAAAUUUUCAAGAUUCACCUUCUCUUUGAAACAUCGCACCACUUGGUGGUUCACAUGUAUUUUAGCUUUUCAAUUCGUAAGUUUGUACCUCGCGGGCUACUACUCAGAAAAUAGACCGGACAAUAUAUCCACCGAUCGAAGUCUACCCAUCACCGUCAAUAUUCUGUUUGCGGUAAAUUCAUCUGGAACAUUUAUUGAAUUAUUAUUGUCUCGCUGGAUCGUGAUGCGCUACCGUCGGCUGCGAGUUGUUGUCGAAGCCGUGCAAGAAGUCGAGUGGCUUUUGGGAGAGAAAUUCCUGGCGCAGCACAAGAGCUCGCUUACGACACGAUUUUUUAUCGGCUUUACUAUAAUCCUCACAGUGACUAUGGGCAGUACGAUCGUGGUGAUGCCUCUUGUGCCGUCCGUCUUACCAGAGAAUCCGUCCGCCGUAUUAGUAGCAAUUAUUUCAUUCCUGAUGGCGCUAAUGACCAUACUGAUUGAAUGCACACCUCUUUUAAUAUAUCUGUGUUAUUACACAAUAUCGCACUACAUGCAAAUGAUUUUAUUGCAUUCUGAAACGGAUCGUGCUGAAGAUCAACGACCUUUGAUCGGGGCGGAGAAUUUAAAAAUCUUGAGACGCAACGCACUGAUAUUUGACCACCUCUGUCAUGCUUCAUCAGAAUUGAAUCACAUUUUCUCCGUCCCUGUCUUAAUUUUAUUGAUAAUGAAAUUUGUCUCGGUCAUUAGCACAUCCUUUUUCUCCAUUUAUUAUUUUGUUCAUAGAACUGAUGUGUUGGAAAAUUAUAGUUUAUUCUUCCCUUUUACUUUUUUUACGGAAGGGACUAGAAUAUUAAUUCUACUCUUUGCCGCAGACAUGCCCGUCAAUCAGGUACAUCCACAGGCUCCGCAUAAUAAAUUUUAA